AUGGCCGUCCUCGGAAAGCGCAAGGCCCCGGAGCCGACAGUCUCAACGGAAGACGCACAGGAGAUCUUUCGGCGACACUUUGAGGCGCAGUUUCUUCCGCUGCCAGAGGCAAAGCGCAAGGCGCAAGCUGUGGAGGAGGACGAUGGAAGCGAGGACGACAGUGAUGGCAGCGGGAGCGAAGGAGGCGAAUGGGACGGCUUGUCGAAUGAGGAUGAUGAGGAGGAGGAUGACAUAGAGGAAGACGAUGAUGACGACGAGGAAGAGGAAGAGGAAGAGGAAGAUGACACUCCCGUCAUCGAAGUAGUAGACCAUUCCGUCUCCCAGGCCCCUAAAACAAACACAAUGUCCAAACGCGAACUCAAAGCCUUCAUGUCCUCCCGCCCUCCAGACCAAACCUCCUCCCCAAAACCAGCCGUCCAACCCACUUCCUCGAAGUCGUCCUCCGCCCUCCCCGAAGACGCCCCCUCCCUCCUCGCACAAGACCUCGAGCUCCGCCGCCUCAUCGCAGAAUCCCACCUCCUCCAGACCAACAAGCCCCUCUCCCUCGCCGCCGCCCUCUCCACAACAUCCUCCCCCAACGCCCAGCCAAAGGCCUUCUCCGCGGGCCGCAUCCGCCAAAAGGCCCUCGAUAUGCGUAUCCAGGCCCUCGGCUCAAAGACGUCCAUCCUUAAACAGGAGAAGAUGCCCAUGCACAUGCGCAAGGGCAUCAAUGCCGCGGUCGUCGAGAGGGAGGCCAAGCGCAGACGGGAGGCCAAGGAGAGCGGCGUCAUUCUGGAACGAGAGACUGGCAAGAAGAAGAGAAGAGAUCGGAAGAGCGGUGGCGGCGGCGGUGGAUUUGGUCCGGCUGUGGGCAGGCUCAAGGGUGCCGAGCUUAGAAUAAGUGAGAGAGAUGUCAAGAAGAUUGAGGGGACGAGGGAUACGUUUGGUAGAAGGGGA